AUUAGAAAUGGGAGAUAUUGUCUGCUGAGCUUUUAGAGACAAACCAGAGAAUAGUAAUGCAGUGCCGUGUAGUAUGGUCGAGACAAGUGAGAAGAGAGAUGUUGAUUGGGAGAGAAAGACUGAUGAUGCCCAUCAAAAUUUAGAUCCUUUAGUAAAAUCCUCCAUUACUGCACCUUUUUCAAUUUCCCCCGCAAGACCACAAAACCCAAGACAUCUCAAAAAAUCUAAAAAAUACUUUACCUAA